GAGAAAGAGAUAGAUAAAGAUCUCAACUUUUCUACAGAGAGAGAGAGAGAGAGAGAGAGAGGAGCUAGUUCUCAAGCUUAGGCUUCGAUGAAAGCUCUAAGACGGAUUCAAACGAGGUCUUCGUUUCCAAAUCCUUCGUCGCCAUUAUUCUCUUCUCCUUCGUCUUCCUCUUCUCCGUGGUCUAACUUGCGUUCUGCUCUCGUCCUUGUCACUUCUUCAUCUCCCGCAGCUUCUUCCUCCAAUCCGCAUAGGCUAAAAUCACCGUGGUCACGGUUUAAACGGAGAAAGCCCCUGACGCUAAGCCGGUGGAAAAGAUUAUUCACUCCAGAUGGUAGACUUCGGAACAGGGGUGUUGAUUUGUUGAAGAAAGUCCGGAGCAGAGGCAUUGAUCCUAGCAUCCGGUCAGAGGUGUGGCCCUUCCUUCUCGGAGUGUGUGAUUUAAAUAGCUCCAAAGAAGAGAGAGGUGCUACAAGAACUCUUAGAAGAAAAGCGUAUGAGAUACUACGCAGGAAGUGCAGAAAGCUUCAAAGACAAGACAGUGGUGACGAAGACGACGACUUCGAGUUCAACAAGAUCCAUAAACCUGCUCAAGACGGGCGUAGUAGCUGGUCUUUUCCGCAAGACACUGACAGUUCUUGUUGUUCUGAUGAUCAGUCACUCUCUAGCGACAAAGAAAACACACAAGAUAUUGGGUGCAUGAGUGACGACGUCUCGUGUACUCUCGACAGAGACUACACUGUGAACUCUGAGUCUUCAGACUCAGAUUCUUCAGACGACAACAACAACAACAACUCCGUUCAUGUCUUUCCUUCUUCUACUCAUGAUGACAAUACUACAUCUCCAUCCAGCAUAUAUAAUAAUAAUAAUAUCUCCCGCACCAAAGAGGAUUUCGUGACGUGGCAGCGUAUCAUCCGCCUAGACGCCGUCCGUGCCGAUACAGAGUGGUUCCCAUACUCCCCCUCCCAAGCUUUAGUAUCCGAAGAUAAAGCACGCCGUGCUGCUGUAGCUGUUAGUCUAAAAGAUUACACUCACCUAGAACCAUGGAAGAUCUUUCACGCCGCGCGUCUCGUGGCCGUUCUCGAAGCCUACGCGUUGCACGACCCUGAGAUAGGCUACUGCCAAGGAAUGAGCGAUCUCCUCUCCCCGAUACUCACAGUCAUCCCCGAAGACCACGAGGCCUUCUGGUGUUUCGUAGGGUUCAUGAAGAAGGCUCGUCAGAACUUCAGAGUCGACGAAGUCGGGAUCACGAGGCAGCUCGGGAUAGUCUCGAAGAUCAUCAGAUCGAAAGACUCGCAGCUGUACAAGCAUCUGGAGAAAGUCAAGGCGGAGGACUGUUUCUUUGUGUACAGAAUGGUUCUCGUUAUGUUCAGAAGAGAGCUGACGCUGGAGCAGACGCUGUUUCUCUGGGAAGUGAUGUGGGCAGAACAAGCUGCGGUGAGAGCUGGGGUCGGGAAGUCUUCGUGGAGCAGUAGGAUAAAGCAUCGGGCCCCUCCUGCGGAUGAUCUGCUGCUGUAUGUGAUAGCAGCUUCGGUGUUGCAGAGGAGGAAAGUUCUCAUAGAGAAGUACAAUAGCAUGGAGGAGAUAUUGGGAGAGUGUCACGGUAUGGUUGGGAAACUAGACGUGUGGAAGCUCUUGGAUGAUGCGCAUGACCUUAUUAUUACCCUCCACACCAAGAUUGAACGGUAUGAUCACAUAAGGUCAGAAUCAAAAUAGGCAUAUGAUUUUUGUGUGGUGUGUUUGUUUCUCUGCAUGAGUUGUUUACUUGGAGAUAGAUGGGAUUGCUGUAUUCCCUUUUCAGUUUUCUAUGUGUACAAACAAGUUUUGUGCCGGGAAAGAGAAUCUUUCUCCGGUAAAUAUAAUAAUUGUGGAUUACA